AUGUCACCGGCGCCAUCUUUCUCCGCCCCUCCGAUCUACAUCACCCCACCUUUCUUCUAUAAAAUCGCCGAUUUGACAACUCCUCACUCUUCCCUCUACCACCAUUUCUCAAUCCAAUCCUCAUCUCAAAUCACAACUGCUCAUACAUCCCAUCACAUCACCAACAUGCCCGUCAUCUCAAUCACGAGCGUGGCCGAGUUCAUGGACAAGGUCCUGGGCUCCGAGGAACCCGCCAUCGUGGACUGUUUCGCGGAAUGGUGUGGUCCAUGCAAAGCCAUCGCGCCUAAGGUCGAGCAGUGGAGUGAGCAAUACCCCCAAGUCAACUUCUACACCUUCGAUGUAGACAAGGUCCCCGAUCUUUCGAACGAGCUUGGUGUGAGAGCAAUGCCUACUUUCAUGCUCUUCAAGGGUGGCCAGAAGAUCACUGAGGUUGUUGGUGCUUCUCCUCCGGCCAUUGAGCAAGGUAUCCAGUCUCUCAUUGCUUAA